CACGUGCUAACCUGUCAUUUUAUCAAACAUCGAGAAAAGUUUAUUAACUUGGCCGUACAAAAAUGUCAUUAGAAUGUACGGAAAAAGUAAAUCAACGUUUAAGAAAUGUAAAAGCCGGUUUAAUUGAUUUGAUUGCUGGAUCGCUUGGUGGGAUAGCACUUGUGUAUGUUGGGCAACCAUUAGAUACGGUUAAAGUAAAAAUGCAAACCUUUCCCUCCAUGUAUAAUGGAAUGGUAAAUUGUUUUUUAAAAACGUUGAGGACAGAUGGGGUAAUGCGUGGUUUAUAUGCAGGAACUGUACCUGCAUUAGUUGCCAAUGUUGCUGAAAAUUCAGUAUUAUUUGCUGCUUAUGGGGGAUGUCAGAAAGUUAUGUCUAAUGUUUUAGGUGUUGAAAAAGUGGAAAACUUGACGUCAUUCCAAAAUGCUUGGGCUGGAUUUUUUGCUGCAUUCUUCUCUUCAUUAACAUUAUGUCCUACAGAGCUUAUAAAAUGCAAGUUGCAAGCAAUGAAAGAAGUUCAAAUAGAAAUGAAAGGGCCAGUAACCGCAGUUAAGAAUAUCGGAUCAUGGACGUUAACAAGUCAAAUUAUUAAAGAACAAGGCAUAAGAGGUUUAUUUACUGGUUUGUCAUCUACAAUAGCACGUGAAAUGCCUGGCUAUUUCUUUUUUUUUGGAGGCUAUGAAGUGACAAGAGAACUUCUAGCAAAACCAAAUCAAAGCAGGGAGGAUAUUGGAUGGCAAAAAACUAUGAUAGCUGGUGCUGUUGGUGGAACUGUUUUAUGGCUUGUAAUAUUUCCAGCAGAUGUAGUUAAAAGUAGGAUACAGGUAAAAAACCUAAAAACACCAGCAUUAUCGGUUAUGAAAGACAUUGUUAGAAAUGAAGGUAUUAGUUCUUUGUACAAUGGUUUAAAGCCAACGUUAAUAAGAACGGUACCAGCAACAGCUACAUUGUUUGUAACUUAUGAAUAUACUAAAAGACUUAUGCUCGACGUUUUUGAGAAUAGUUGA